CUUCCCCAUUACACCCUAAAAAGAUUCUAACAGAGAGAAAGUGUACGCGUGACGUGCCCACUCGCUACAUUUAUCAAUCAUUCCAUGUGUUUACCUUGAUUUAUCUAUGUAAAUUGCAUAAAAGUAAGGAUCCAAUCUCACAACAUCAAUUGCCCUAAGUUCAAAGUGCGAAGAGAAGGACACUUCUUCUUCCCACCAUCUAGUAAUUUCUCCAAAUCGCUACUGCCGGCGGAGAUGGAUGUUUCUGAUUCUCACAGUCAGAAAAGUUCGCCGCAUUCUAUCUUGGAUGCUGAGAAGGUUGAGAAAAAGCCUGGAGGAUGGAGAGCCGUCACGUUCAUUUUAGGAAAUGAGACGUUGGAGAGACUGGGAACAAUUGGGUUGUUGUCAAACUUCAUGGUGUAUCUAACCAGAGUGUUCCACUUAGAACAAGUCGACGCUUCAAAUGUCAUCAACAUUUGGUCUGGCUUCAGCAAUCUCACUCCUCUAGUGGGUGCGUUUAUCUCGGACGCUUACGUCGGCCGUUUCAAGACCAUCGCUUUCGCCUCAUUCGCCACCCUCCUCGGACUAGUGACAUUGACACUCACGGCAUCGCUUCCUCAACUCCACCCAGAAACAUGCAACAGCAAAGAUCCCGUUAGUUGCGGCGGUCCGAACAAACUCCAGUUCGGGAUUUUGCUAUUAGGUCUAGGUUUCCUCUCCAUAGGGAGUGGAGGAAUACGACCAUGUAGCAUCCCUUUUGGUGUUGACCAAUUCGACCAACGAACCGAGGAAGGGAUUAAAGGAGUGGCAAGUUUCUUCAACUGGUAUUACAUGACUUUCACUGUGGUUCUGAUUAUUACACAGACCGUUGUUGUGUAUAUCCAAGACCAAGUCAGCUGGAUCAUCGGCUUUAGCGUACCCACUGGACUCAUGGCUUGUGCCGUGGUUAUGUUUUUCGCCGGAAUGAAGCUUUACGUCUAUGUUAAACCUGAAGGAAGUAUAUUCUCUGGUAUCGCUCAAGUUGUCGUGGCAGCUCGCAAGAAGCGAAAGAUGAAGCUCCCGGCGGAAGAUGACGGCACUGUGACCUACUAUGACCCGCCUGUUAAAGAUAGCGUAUUAUCCAAAUUACACCAUAGUAACCAAUACAGGUUUCUAGACAAAGCGGCGGUGAUAAUAGAAGGCGAUCUAACAUCCGAGGGAGUUCCGGCGAACAAGUGGCGAUUAUGCAGCAUUCAAGAAGUGGAAGAAGUGAAGUGUUUGAUUCGAAUCGUUCCUGUUUGGUCGGCCGGAAUAAUAUCACUCGCGGCGAUGACACAACAAGGAACUUUCACUGUCUCUCAAGCUUUAAAAAUGGACCGACAUAUAGGCCCCAACUUCGAGAUUCCGGCCGGUUCUCUCUCAGUCAUCUCUCUCCUCACCAUCGGCGUUUUUCUUCCCUUAUACGACCGCGUUUUAGUCCCAUUCUUCCGUCGGAUCACCAGCCAUAAAUCCGGUAUCACACUCCUCCAACGUAUCGGGACAGGGAUCGUUUUCGCUAUCCUCUCCAUGAUCGUUGCCGGGUUAGUGGAGCGCAUGAGACGAAUGCGCUCCAUUAACGCAGGAGAUCCGACCGGGAUGACCCCCAUGUCGGUGUUUUGGCUCUCGCCGCAGCUUAUUCUGAUGGGACUAUGCGAAGCAUUCAAUAUCAUUGGACAGAUUGAGUUCUUCAACAGUCAGUUUCCUGAACACAUGAGAAGCAUCGCUAACUCUCUCUUCUCUUUAUCCUUCGCCGGUUCGAACUACCUUAGUAGUUUGAUUGUGACGACGGUUCAUAAAUUCUCCGGUGGCCAUGACCGUCCUGAUUGGCUUAACAAGAAUCUCAACGCGGGAAAAUUGGAUUACUUCUAUUAUCUGAUAGCGGUUCUGGGUGUGUUCAAUCUGGUUUACUUUUGGUACUGUGCUCAGGGAUACCGGUACAAGGUUGGUUUACAGAUGGGAGGUUUCGAGGAGGACAAGAGUUUCUCUGAUGUUGAGAUGAGUUCCAAAAAACAGCUGAAAUGAUUUAAAGCAACAAGAAGAUGAUCGAUGUUGUUUUAAUGAUUACGAUGACAAUGUAUCUAAGUAUAAUAUAUAAUUCAGAACUAUAUCGUGUAAUAAAUAUAGGAACUAGAUCGUAUUAGAUAUUUUACAGUCUACUUUAAUUUUAUGGCUUUGUAUACGCUAUAGCUGGUAUUCUACAAUAGAAUUCUUACAAGUAAAUCGCAGUUUAAGUCAUGAAUGUAAUUUAAUCGGUGGAUUGCACUAUAGCAUAGUCAUAUACACUGUGCUAUGAUAUGAAUAUAUGUAUAUAUAUAUGAAUACUUUGGUGUUCC